UCGCCCCGGACUCCCAGCCGCUGCCCGGACCUCCCCCUGCGCCCCGACCCUGCCGCCGCUGCCGCGACCCGUUCGCCCAUCUCCCGCACCUCGGAACCACAGAUCGUCUUAGAUUCUUCCUCAGAAGCUUCAAGUAGGGAUAUGUCCUCAGCACCAACUACUCCUCCAUCAGUGGAUAAAGUAGACGGAUUUUCUCGGAAGUCCGUCAGAAAAGCCAGACAGAAGAGGUCACAAAGUUCCUCACAGUUUAGGUCUCAAGGCAAGCCUAUUGAGUUAACACCUCUGCCGCUGCUAAAAGACGUUCCAACCUCAGAGCAGCCUGAACUGUUCCUAAAGAAACUGCAGCAGUGCUGUGUCAUUUUUGACUUCAUGGACACCCUAUCUGAUCUUAAAAUGAAAGAAUACAAGCGCUCCACUCUUAGUGAACUGGUGGACUACAUUACAAUAAGCAGAGGCUGUUUGACAGAGCAGACUUACCCUGAAGUAGUUAGAAUGGUGUCCUGCAAUAUAUUCAGAACUCUCCCUCCCAGUGACAGCAAUGAAUUUGACCCAGAAGAAGACGAACCUACCCUCGAGGCAUCAUGGCCACACCUACAGCUUGUAUAUGAAUUUUUCAUACGAUUUUUGGAAAGCCAAGAAUUCCAACCCAGCAUUGCCAAAAAGUACAUAGAUCAGAAAUUCGUAUUGCAGCUUUUGGAGCUGUUUGACAGUGAAGAUCCUCGAGAACGGGAUUACUUAAAAACAGUCUUACACAGAAUUUAUGGCAAAUUUCUUGGUCUUAGAGCAUUUAUCCGAAAACAGAUUAACAAUAUUUUUCUAAGGUUUGUUUAUGAAACAGAACACUUCAAUGGCGUAGCUGAACUAUUGGAAAUACUAGGAAGUAUUAUCAAUGGCUUUGCUUUACCUCUGAAGGCAGAACAUAAACAGUUCCUGGUAAAAGUGUUGAUCCCUUUACACACAGUCAGGAGCUUAUCACUCUUCCAUGCCCAGUUGGCAUACUGUAUAGUACAGUUUCUGGAGAAAGAUCCUUCACUCACAGAACCAGUUAUUAGGGGCUUAAUGAAAUUUUGGCCUAAAACAUGCAGUCAAAAAGAGGUCAUGUUCCUUGGGGAGCUGGAAGAAAUUCUGGAUGUCAUUGAACCUUCACAAUUUGUUAAAAUUCAAGAACCUUUGUUUAAACAAAUUGCCAAGUGUGUAUCCAGCCCGCAUUUUCAGGUGGCAGAAAGAGCACUGUAUUAUUGGAAUAAUGAAUACAUCAUGAGUUUGAUAGAAGAAAACUCCAAUGUCAUCCUUCCCAUCAUGUUUUCCAGCCUCUACAGGAUUUCAAAAGAACACUGGAAUCCAGCCAUCGUGGCACUUGUGUACAAUGUGCUGAAGGCGUUCAUGGAGAUGAACAGCACCAUGUUUGACGAGCUCACAGCCACGUACAAGUCAGAUCGUCAGCGUGAGAAAAAGAAAGAAAAAGAGCGUGAAGAAUUGUGGAAAAAAUUGGAGGACCUGGAGUUAAAGAGAGGCCUGAGACGUGAUGGGAUAAUUCCAACUUAACAGAAGUAUGACAACAACGUUACUAACCUGUGGAGUCACACAUUUAUGUAGUAGAAGAUGGAGCAACAGUUUUCUGUAUUGUGCAACUUUACAGUAGAUUUCACAUUUGUUUCAUUAUUACAACAGCACUGUAUAUACCCUGUCUCUAAGUAAAAGAAAAAAAUAAGGACUUCAAUCCAAAGUUUGGACAGUAGAUGGACUUCUCAGAACUUCGCAAACAUAAUCAUUGUUCUAACCCUCUUAAAAACAAACACAAAAGCAGUCUUCAGAGAUUGUUGAUGAAAUUACUAUGUUAAAAUCCCACUAUCAGGAGUUCCUUAUUUAUCACUAGCAGAGAGUAUGAUAUAAUUUUCAAAUGUGAACAAUCUUAAAUUUAGCUUGUCUUUCUGCUAAGCUGUUAAAUGUAUUUAUAGGAAAGGAAAGAAAAAGCAAACAAAGACUGUCGUUUCCGUAUGAGUUUGUAUAACUUCUUCUCUGGAUAACUUGACUGUGAUUUGACAUCUUUUCCUUUUGCACAUCUUCCUGAGUUGAAUGUCCGUGUGGAAAGGGCCAUGAAUUCUAACGGUCCCUGAUGAAAGUUGUGUCUACUGGAGUGAACAUCUUUCCAGUAACCAGGUAGUCCUGGUUCUCCUCUAGUUCUAGGAUUAGGAGUUAAAAGAGAAGAGGUGAUAAACAUAGUAGGAAAGGGAAUUUAGGAUUCACACAUCCGUUGGUGGUGAAUCCAGAUCACUGUCUUGAAUCCUUUGAAAACAGGCACUGGGACAUCACAAGCUUCAGUACCUGACAGUAUUAGUUGCAUACAUCAUUGAAAAUACAUACGAAAGAUAUGUUAGAUAUGUCAGGAAAACAUCCUUUUGGACCAUAGGACAUAGAAAGACAAACAUUAAACAAUAUAACCAUGAAAUUGAUCACCAGGAUUGAGAAUUGGGAAAAGAGUUUGAGCAAGCAGCUUGGACUGUUUGGAUUUGUUGCCUUACUUUUUAAUAUGUAUUUAUAAAGUAUUUCAGCAAAAGAGGAUGUAGCCUCUGGGGAAAAACAAACAUGUUACAGUGUUUUUUGUAGAUUCUUGUUCUAUAUCUCAUCACAGCGCCAGCCCUGUUUUUGGCCAGAAAGGAUUCAGGAUAAACAUUAUGCAUUCUGAAUGGGAUGCAUAUUCCUAACUACUGUAUUUGUUACCAAAAGUGGUUCUACAAAUGCUACUGAAAAAUCUGGGAAUUCCUAAUGUCCUGAGUAUUAAUAAUAAAGUUUAAAAAUGCUUUUAUAUCAAAGGUGCAUUGUGACCAAAUUGUUUAAGAAAAAGUAAAAACAAAACCUAGGGCUGUAUUAUAGAUAGAUUUUUAUUGGCUCUCUGCUUUGUAUUAAAAGCGGAGUCUUACAUCUUGGGCAGGUAAAUUGCUGGUAGAACUUGUGUACAAUGUGUACUUACCCACCGUGGUUUCAUUGUAUGUACUGAAAGAUUUGUGCUUUGGGAUUUGUUUCCAGGAUGCUUUUGCUUGUUACUGACCCGGCAGCAGUGAGUUGAAAAUUCUAAACCAUCACUUCCAGCAGUAUUCACAGUAUAGAGCUGAUUCUCUGUUCAUAUGUUGAAUUGUAAUAGUAGCAAACACAGACAUACGAGCUGUUGUUGCUCUUAAUUAGAAAUACAAUAUAAAUAUGGGCUUGUAUAUUUUCUUCCUUCAUUUAAAUAUAAAGUAGAAUUUGCAGGGUUUUUUUGUUUCCAGAAAAAAGAAGAAAAGCUGCUGACCUUUCUCCCCUAUGAUGCGUUUCCAGAUUACCAAUCAGGUUACAGUGUAUACGUAAAAGCCAACUAAUUAUGGAUAUUGUUAUCUAGGUAAUUUUGUAAGAAGUGAAAAUGAAAACAAAACGGGCUUUGUUAAUUCCUAAGAAAUAGCGUUAAAUCAUAUGCAACACCAAACACAACAUGAUUUAAUGGAUUUAGUAGUUUUGUUUCUUUCCUUUCCUUUUCUAAGAAAUUCAUUGUAAUGUUAGCAAAGGCUUCCAAAAAUGAAACAACUUGCUUUAAAAGUACAAGAGCAAAAGUACAAGUUCACAUACUGAUCUUGAUUAAAAAAAAAAUAAAUUUGUAACAAGUAUUCUUUAGCCCUUUUGAUUUUAGCCCUUCCCUUUUGACUCUGCAUUUAUUUUUGAUGGUAUAACCUAUUGUUUACCAUGAGAUAGGCAUGGAAAUCACAGGCUUAUGAAGAAUCUGCCCACUCAAGUGAAAUGCAGUCAUUUGAAAUUAGAAAGGCCAGAACCCCUUUCUGUACCAUUUCCUUUCCUCAAUGCAGGUGAAAACCACAAGAAUUUCUUGAUGUCAAUUUUGUGGGUUUGCCAUUCCAAACUGAGAAGAAUAAAGCUAAAUUUUAGACAUUGAAAGAAGCAAUUAGAGCUCUCUGUCUAAAAUUCCUAUGGCAACUUCUAAGAAGAAACACUGUCUUUUCUUUUUUAACUAAAAGUGACAAUGUGACAUUUGUCAUGUUGUGUGCGGUGAUGCGGAGUAACUGAGGUAAUCUGACUGUUGCACUAUGUGACAUAUUUAAGGAUGUACUGGCUGCAUUUGCAGCAGCCCUCUCUCUGUCCCUUCCUGCAAUUCUGUCACCGCGAUCUGAGUUCAUUGUGACAAAUGCAUCUUCGUGUUAUAUUUUGUUUGUCUCAUAGUUUCCAGAACUAUAUAUAAAUAUAUUUUUAAAAUAGCAAAUAUCGUAGUUAGUGAGUGAUAAUUACUCCAUAUCCCUACCAUAUUGGUUUCAGGGAUGGGAUUAAGAGUGUCAUUUGAAGAAAAAAAAACUCAACCCUGUGGUUUAGAAUGAUGCUGAGGCCUGAGGCUGUAGGCCUGGAACUAUGUGAGCGAAGUGACUCCAUCUCCUUAGAGUCGCGCAUGCAUUCCGUUUUCUCAUCAUGCAAGUGUCCCCCGUUGUUCAACCUCAGUGUUUACUUUUUGUCCUUUUCAAUUUUUGUUCUUCCUCACAUCUGACUUUUUAUAAAAUAAAAGAAAAAAUAAAAAAGUAAAAGAAAUGAUACCCUCGAUCCCGCUGGAUACUCAUAAGCAGGGUUAUACUCCUUCGUCUUGGGCACGUUUGCCUAAAUGGAAGGACUUAAUUUAUUUCAUACCUCCUUCCACGCGUGGGGCAGUCCAGGUGUAGGGCUGGGAAUUGCUCAUAAUUGCACCUGCUGUACUUAAAUAUAUAGCCCUAGGCUCAAUCACACUAUGGAAAGAAAAAAAGAAGUAUAUUUAGAGCUUUAAAAGCUUUUUUAUUUUUUUGUGGGUAAGGGGGGGUGGGUAAGGGAUGUGUGGGUGAUAGGACGUUACUGGGAUUUUUAAGUGUUCGGGGUUUUGUUUUUCUUCCUGUUUUUUGUUUCUGUUCUUCCCAUUAAUUGGAUGCACUGACCUGGCCCAGGAAAUGAAGAGACUCUCUCUCUUGAUGCUAUUACCAAUGUUAUCACGAAGUGACAGUCACCUCUAGCAAAGGAAAAAAGGUGGCAUCAGACAUGAUCAGUGAUGUUUUAUUUGCACAUGAAUAUUUUUAUUUUUGUAUUCUGGCUCAGCUGCUUCUCUGAGUGGAGUUAAGGAAUGAGCCACAAAGGAUUUUUUGUAAUAGGUAUAUUGGCAAUGCAUUUUUAUAUUUCUCUAUAUUUAAUUUUGAAAAUCUAAAAGGAGGAUUGUGCAUCUUGAGAGAAAGUUGAGCAGACUUUGACGUAGUGGAAUGUUAGCCCGUGCUGCUGCUUAUGCACGACGGCAGCAGUAGUCUGUCUCUUGGAAAUGAACGAUGUCUAUGAAUAUAGAUUUCCUUUUCUUCCCUUCCCUUGUCCCUCCCUCCCUUCUUCCAUCUCCUUUUCCCCCUUUAUCUUGUCUUUGGAUUUCUUUUCUUUCAGUCCCUCCCUCCCUCUUUACUUUUAAAAAAAUCACUUAUUGUAAAUAAGUUGUAAUCCAAACCUCAUGUAUCAGUGGGGAGAUUUCAAAUAUAAAUAUUACCAAUACAUUUUCUGGUGGUUGUCUGAUUUUUGACUGAAGUAUAAUGAGAAUGACAUCCAUUGCUUUUGGUUCGGGGGUUUUGCUACAGCUUCAUAAAUCUUUGGUAUUUUAGUAUUGCAUUGUUUUAGCAGGAGAGGGCAGCACAAGUUCAUUUUCCAUGUUAGUACUGCUGUGGUUCUUGACUGGUUUUCAACUUAGCUAUGAGUGUGUGUACCUGUUAUUUUUUUCUUUUUAAAACAGCAUCUGUGUGUGGGUAGAGGUAAAAAUGAAACAUUUUUGAUAUGAAAAGUUGCAUAUGAAAAUUAUAGACUGGUUCAGCCAGACAGUGAAGACCUUCUAUGCCACAUCAAAGUGAAAAUGCUACAAAGAAUCUCCCAGCCCUGGCUAGAACAUGUUACUUCUUUUUCAACACAACAGAACGCAAGCUGUGUCUUACACACUUGGAAUUUAAAAUGUUCUUCGGAAAUAACUUACUUUAUUCUAAGUGGUGACAGAAACGAAAAUGGAGGUGCUCCCAGAACGAAAUGUAACCUUCCCCUUUCAUAGCUCUUUGAGAGGUUCUGUACUGUGGGUGCAUCCAAAUAAAGCAGCAGUGAAGAGUU